AUAAUAAAGCAAUGCAAAGGCAGAAAUUGAAUGAAAGUUAAGUUUUUCAUUCUUUCAGUAAAUAAGCGAUUUUUCUACUGAUUCUUAACUUUUUGUUGCAGUGCAGUUAAGAAACAGUCGGGGGCAGUCACUGACACUGAAGAACCUCCACAGUCGUACUUUGACUCUUGCGGUCGUCGGAUGUUUGUUAGUUCGCCGGCUUCGCAUAACUUUUAUAUGGAAAUUGCCGUAUUUGGCGUUUCGAGCAACAGGACGCUGUAGACGCACCUUAAAAGUCCGCCCGGAUCGGCUGGGUCGCGCUUAACCUUUAAUGGGGAAACGCCAUGGGCCCGAGCCUUUAAAGCCCCUCCGAUUGGCAACCGGUUGGCUCCCAGUGAAUGUCUCUGUGUUUCUGUGUGUGUCUGCUGCAAAGCCUCUUUGUGUCAUUCGUGUGUCAUUAGCAUCCGCCAACUGAGCUCCCAGUGUGUCAAAAGAUUUGAACUUUAAAGUGCUCAGGUGCUGAAGAGGCCCACAGACAAAAAGUAGACAGCAGACACUUGGACUGCCAGUCAGUCAGUUAGUCGGUCUCUCGGCCUUUGAACGCACUGCGAAAAAAAUUGUGAGAAUCGGAUAUUUGGUUAUGAUAUGAAAAAAGUAAUUAACUAUCUCCAGAAAAUGUUGUUUAAUUCAAGCCAAUAUCCAAUAAAAAUGUGCUGGCGCUGAUCAACAAGAGGCGGAUAAAGCAUGUAAUACUGAAAUUAUUUAAAGCAAAUCCCUAUUGGUAAUAAUGAAAUGUUCCAAAAGUCAAUGAGUUCUAGCCCAGAGCUUCAGUUUCCAGGCAGCUUCACUCAAUUAUUUUUCCAUUCGGCUUUCGGUCAGUGUAUGUGAAUUGCUUAUCACGUUGUUUGACUUUGGGCUCGUUUGAAUUAUGCGUGCUAUCUUCCAUUGCCAUUCCCCUGGCCAGCGGGUAGGGUAAUUCACGCCGCAAUUGUCUCUUUCGGGUUCUUUUUAUCACACCUGCCGUGCACCGCUGGAUACCACACACAUGCCACCCAUCCAUCCGCACUGAUCCGACGUGGAGUGGAGUUCCUUGAGUACUCUGUAUGGUAUGGAGUGUAAUUAAGUUUGUAGCGGAAUCGAGUGUGGCUAAUUGGAUACAGCAUUGGAAAAGAAGACCAAACAGAAAAAAACACAUGGAAAAACACCAAACAAAAAGCGACAAUAAAAAACUACGUUCAAUAUGUGUAAAUACGUAAUGUGCGCAUACGAGUGAGUGAAAACUGAGCCGACUGAUAACUGACUUUUUAAAAGUAAAGUAACCACAAUGGCGUCUACUGCUAUUGUUUUUGUGACUCUGCUCACAAUGAUAACCCAACCUAACAACUGUGCAGCCGUCGAUGUUUACUUUCCCAGCACGUCGGUGAAAUUCAAUCUGCCCAUCAAUGAGGAAUCGGAGAGCAUAUUCUCCAAGAUCCCGCUGGCUCAGUUUCAAGUCCUGCAGAUGGAGAACAACCGGUUGGCCAGUGAUUUCCUGUAUAGCCUGGAGGAGAAUCCACUGCUACGGAUAAACAGUUCCUCCGGCGAGAUUUAUAUGCGCACCGAUUACCGCUCGCCAAACUCAAGUGCCACGUUUUUGGUGACCGCAUUUCCUAGGGAUCAACCGGAUCACGAGUUGCUGCCUGUUUCGCAUCUUUCGUUGGAGGUUACACCCCAGUCCAUGGAGGAUUACUGUUCAGAGUUGGAGCACAUUUGCUUCUGGAGCAGUGCUCAGUACAGUAUAGCCGAGUCGCAGGGUCCAUAUCGGCGCAAGGAUAUGUUUGAACCUGUACUUAUCGGAGCCCUUAAUUCCCGGGCUGCGAAGUAUCUGUGUCCUCAUGUAUCUCUGGAAUAUUCCCUCAACGCUGGUAGUUCCCAUUUUGUUUUGAAACAAAAUCGACUCUACACCCGACAACCCUUGGAUCACGAUGAGCUUCAUGGCCUGAAUGCCAAAGCCGGGCAGCUGCAGGCCAGGAUUACCUGCACAGUUAAAUUGUCCAGCAGGGAUCAGAGGAAGUUCUCGCGCAUUUUAGAUAUCAAGUUACUGGAUCGCAAUGAUAAUGGACCCAAGUUGCAGGAGAGUAAUUCCAAGUUCGAUUUCUAUCUGGAACAGCCCUACUUUCAGGCGGACGAGGAGGCGGGUGAGAAAGUAAUCUACGUGGACAAGGAUACACUGGAGGCAAACAGUCACCUGGUCUACGCCGUCCACAAUGACUCCAAUAGUCUGUUUCGGCCCGACUGCCACGCCUACGAAGCUGAUCACACAGGCAGACCACAUACCAUCGUCAGUUGUCAACUGCGAUUCUCCCGAAACGGUGUCUUCCGGGAAACCCCCUAUUGUGUGUCCUUGGAAGCUCGUGAUCUGACAAUUGAAAGCCGGAUCGAUGCCAUGUCAGCGACAGCCCAUGUUUGCUAUCAUAUUAAUCUGAGUAAUCUUCACGAAUCUGACCAAGAAUUACCGCAAGCUCUUCCCCUGCGGUCACGUCAACAUCAAAUAUUCGAGAGCGAAGAAUUCAAUGGAGAUUCUGCGGGCCGAUCUCUAAGCCCUCCGACCGUGGAUUACGAGAAAGAUGUUUCCGUAUACAGAUCGGCUGUUUCUAAUUUUCGAGUUGUCCAGCCUGACAGUUUUCUGGACUUAAUGAGGUUACGGUCUAUUCGAUUCGAUAUUGUGGAGGAUAAAAUUGGUGCUUUUGGCAUCACCUCAACAUCGGGUAUUGUCUUUGUGAGGAACCCAAAGGCUUUGGAGGAGGCGCCGGAAACCAUCUACUUCUUGAAUGUCACCUGGAUAGAUCAGCAACGACUCUCGCACGUUCGAGUGAUCAAUGUGCACUUGAUUCAUGGUAGACCCGAGAAUACUAGCUGCGAACUGAAGAUCAAGUCCCGAUCACAGACCUGUGCCCAGAUUAAACACCAAUCGCAAUGCGGUCGAUUUUGUGGCUUGGCCACAGGGGGAGGAACUUGCCAGUGGAGGGGAUCCAACUCAGCCAUGUUUGGCACUAGAUAUGGUUCCUGUGUCCCCGAAUCUCGGUUCUGCCCAGAUCAUGUCUGUGAUCCCCUAGAGGAACUGAAUCCCAUGGCCUGUCCGCAGGAUUGCACUCCAGCUGUAAAAAUUGUAGGUCCCCAUUCGAGUAACGAAAAUAAGAAGGGGAUCUACAGUGCCUCCGGAACCUGCAUCUGCGAGGAUAAUGGCAAGUGCUCGUGCGCUCCGUUGGACGAGGAACCCAAGACGAAGAAACCACGAAAACGAAAGAACGAAACAGAGUUGGAACCUCUGAUGGGCGGAAAAGGUACUUCUCCGAAUCAGCCACUUCAGGAUCCACUGCUCCUAGGUGUUCUAAACGUUGCCGGUUUCGAGUGCGAUCGGUCGUGCAUGUUUUUCGUGAUCACUUGCCCUCUACUGUUCGUUCUUCUGCUCCUCUGUUUGCUGAUUGCGCAGAGGAAAAUGCUCCAACGUCGCUUGGGCAAACAAUCGAUGACCACAUCCUCGAAACAAACCCCUCCGGAGUCGGGAGACGGAGAUCUGGCUUUGAUGCCGCUACAGAAUGGUUUCAAGUUCGAAAGUGGUGAUGCCAAGUGGGAGUUUCCCAGACAGAAACUGCAACUAGAUACGGUUCUGGGUGAGGGUGAAUUUGGUCAGGUCUUGAAAGGCUUUGCUACCGAGAUCGCUGGCUUACCGGGAAUAACCACGGUGGCCGUAAAGAUGCUCAAGAAGGGUGCCAAUUCCGUGGAGUAUAUGGCCUUGCUUUCCGAGUUUCAGCUCCUCCAGGAGGUCUCUCAUCCGAAUGUGAUCAAGCUUUUAGGCGCGUGCACCUCGUCGGAAGCGCCUCUCCUGAUCAUCGAGUAUGCCCGGUAUGGUUCGCUGAGGAGCUAUCUUCGACUCAGCCGGAAGAUCGAGAGUGCGGGCGUGGAUUUCGCAGAUGGAGUGGAGCCAGUUGAUGUUAAGAUGGUUCUUACCUUUGCCUGGCAGAUUUGCAAGGGUAUGGCUUACCUUACUGAAUUAAAGUUGGUUCAUCGUGAUUUGGCUGCUAGAAAUGUGCUCCUGGCUGAUGGCAAGAUAUGCAAAAUUUCAGAUUUCGGACUGACUCGAGAUGUUUACGAAGAUGAUGCCUAUUUAAAGAGAUCCCGAGACCGUGUGCCCGUCAAGUGGAUGGCUCCGGAAUCUUUAGCGGAUCAUGUGUAUACCAGCAAAUCGGAUGUGUGGUCCUUUGGCGUUCUCUGCUGGGAACUGAUCACCCUGGGAGCCUCUCCGUACCCUGGCAUUGCUCCCCAGAAUCUGUGGUCCUUGCUAAAGACGGGCUACCGGAUGAGCAGACCAGAAAAUUGUUCGGAGGCUGUCUACUGCAUAGUUCGAACCUGCUGGGCAGAUGAGCCAAAUGGAAGACCCUCCUUCAAGUUCCUGGCUUCGGAGUUUGAAAAGCUAUUGGGCAACAAUGCCAAGUACAUAGAUCUGGAAACGAAUGCCGUUUCGAAUCCCCUUUAUUGUGAGGAUGAUUCCGCCUUGAUAACCAUGGAGUUAGGCGAACCGGAAUCGUUGCAGCACCUUUGGUCACCACCCAAAAUAGCCUACGACAUCCAUGACCAGGGCACCAGCUACGAUCAGUCAGAGGAAGAGAUGCCAGUGACUUCGACGGCUCCACCAGGCUACGAUUUCCCACGACCUUUGAUUGAUGCUACCGCCAAAGAACAGGUUUUGCGAUACGAAAACGAUUUGCGAUUUCCCUUGAAUAUUCGAAAAUCCAGUUGUACUCCAAGCUACAGCAACAUGACCAGUGGAUCUCCAGCGACCUCCUCAUUGCCACAUUAUUCUGUCCCCGUGAAGAGAGGUCGCUCCUAUCUGGAUAUGACCAACAAUAGUCUCAUCCCAGACAACCUGGACAGCAGGGACUUUGAAAAACAUCUUUCCAAGAACAUCUCCUUUCGUUUCUCUAGUUUGCUUAAUCUUAAAGAAACUGCGGAGGUGGCUCCAGGACAGCAAGCUGAGGAUGCAGUCUAGACAUAGUUUUUCUUAGAGUUCUUAUCGCACGCCUGUUUUUCAGUUCAAACUGUUUGUUGAUUAGUUUUAGUUUUACAUUUAAUCAAGUAGCUUUACGCUGAAGCCAAAUAUGGAUUUUAAGAGAACCGAUUUCGAUUUCGAAUACUCGCAUGCAUUUAUUCACUAUUUUAACUAACCAAAGAAAGCCUUAGUUUUAUUGAUCAUAAA